UAUAUCAUAAAUCCUGAAUCCAAAUUCAAUGGCUUUUUACACCCCCUACCCCAAUUCUUCAUACCUAAUUACAAAAAAUGCCAUCCAAAAAUAUUAUUCUGGGCUUGACCUUUGACUAAGAAAUUUAGUUGACUCACUACACUUUCUAUUCCUGGCAUUCAAUUGAGCUGUAUUUUGGAUCCAUUUGCACUCACGUGAUGCUGUCUGAGCUCUUCCUACUUCGCGUUGCUUUCCACCGCAGUGGUUUAGACCGUUUCGGCAAAGAGACAACAGGCUCAUUGCUCAAAAAACCCCAGGAGCUGAAUUUGUUCCUCUUCAAUCCAUUUGUUACAGGCGAUGAAGGAGGGAUUUUACAAUCACCUCAAACUCGAUAGUUUCCCUACGCUGACGGAUGAUUGUUCUGGUUCCAAAUCAAAAAGGAGAAGGCCAAAUGUGGACAAAGAUAAAGAAAAUAUCAGACCAUCUCAAGAUGCAUCUCAAGAUGGGAGUCCCUCCCCUGGUUUUCGGCUCAACACAAAUGAUCAUGUUUAUCAAACUCCUAAAAGGCCUUUGUCUGCUAUAUCAAACCAGAGCUCCGUGCUCAAUAUUAUAUCGCACAAUGGUGAUGGCUCGGUGUUGUCCCAGAAUCAACAUGCCUCCGUCAAUUCCAAAUCACAUGUCACCUCUUUAACAAAUCAGAGCUCUGUGUUAAAACUCUCCACGCAAUCAAAUGGUGGUGGAUCAGGUAUUAUAUUUUAA